AUGGAUUCCUGCCAACGAGGGGAGGAACAGGAAGAUACUCUGAAUGUAAUGGAAACACGAACAAUAAAUUGUUUAAAUGGCAUUAAACGCAAACGUCGUUGUUCACAAUUGUCAAACGAUGGUGAUGAUGGUGAUCAAACACCGCAUAAGAAGACAACACCUAACGAAGACAAACAACAAAGCGUAGAAAAUGAAAUACAGCCGACAACAAAUGGUGAGGGAAGGGAAAACAUUGAGGAUAGCGAUGCAACAACGAUUACAACCAAUAGUAGUGCCACAACUUACUAUGACGAAGACCAAUUUUCGUUGGAACACUUUUGCGAUGAGGUGCUGUAUGAAAUUUUUAAAUUUCUGGAUACCUGGUCGUUGAUGACGUUAAUGAACGUCAGCAAACGUUUCCAGAAAUUCGUAUUGGACAAACGACUAUGGGAAGAUAUUGAUCUGAGUCAGGAACCAUUACCUCUUGGCAUUCUUGAGGAUAUGCUUGAGCGAUCACAUGAGAAAACACGCAGUAUUAAAUUGAGGGGACCUUCACCAUCUCAGCACAUUGAGGGGGAAAUACAGCAUUUCAAUAAAACGCUACGCAAUUCCAUGACUACACGAUGUACCAAGUUAUUAACAUUGGAAUUGUUUGGAGUGACAUUGGAUUUUAAUUUGCUUACAUUCAAUGACUUUCCAAAGACACUGAAACGACUGGUGCUAAGUAACUGUCAUGUACGCGUUGAUCCUAAUAAAUCCAUUUUUACUGGCAUUGAUACAAUUCUGACUAGUUUAGAUGAGCUGGCGAUAGAGAAGAAUAAUUGGUUUGAUCCCUAUUAUGUGAUGCCUAUAUCAAAGUUACCUGCACUUAGAUAUUUAAGUUUAAAAGGUUGUAGUCAAAUGCAAGAGUUUAUACCAUAUGGAAGUAUAGCCGGACGUCAUGGUUUCAAACAAUUAGAGGUCCUUGAUUUGAGUAAUACACCAUUGAAUGAUUCCGAUUUGCAGUGUUUCAAUGCUGUUGAAACCCUUAAAGAAAUUUAUCUUCAGUGUCCAGAAACGGAUGAAAAACCACAAUCUUCUGCAUCGCCAUCCACAAAUAGGAAUUUAGCUGCCAAUGGAACAACUACAACACCAAGUAAAUCAAAUAGAGACGAUCAAGAACCCACAACAUCAUCAAAGGCAUCAGCGUGUACAGCCAAAAAUCUAGAUGAUUCCCCUUCAACAUCAUCUUCAUCGUCGUCGUCAUCAUCAUCAUCAUCAGGAAGUGAUAACGAGCCUGUUGUACCAUCAUCGUCAUCAUCAUUCAUCCACAAUGCUUCGUCAAAUGUUAUACCCAUUGUCAGCAGUAAUGUUCCAUCAUUUAGUAGAUUUUUACCACGACCAGAUCACAUUAUAUGCCUUGAUCUACGCAAUCGCACAUCGCCAAAUGCUUUUCACAUUAAUCUUGGAGAUCGAAGUAAUAUACGGCAUUUGCUAAUGCCCGGUCAACAGCAGGGGGGUAACCAGCAACAACAGCAACAGCAGAAUCAACAGCAAUCACCACCUCCAGCCUUUGAACAAAUGAUCAGACAUAAUCUCUUUUGGGAUAUUAUAAAUCCUCUUGGACGAGUAACAGGUGGUGGUGGCCCGGAUCGAUUACUUAGUGAAGAAUAUGAAAUGGAAUUUGGGCCAGGCAAUCAUUUAUCACGACGUCCAAUACAACGUGGUAGUAUAUCGGAUCGUGGUGUAUGUUGUUUUGGUCGCACACGUCAACCUGUACAUCAUGGUGUUAUUUGGAUACGUUUUAAUAAUCGUCCAAGUGAGAAUCGUUUCGAGAGGUUUAGUGUACGUGAUUAUAAAUAUGUUACCGAUGUGUCACUACAACAUUUGGUACAGUGUUCGCCAAAUCUGGUAUUUUUGGAUGUUAGUGGUACUAGUGUGACCCUGGAGGGUAUAAAACGUUUUAAGGAAUUAAAACCGGAAUGUAAAUUGGUGGCUGAACACUUGGCUGGUGUAAGCGUUCUUUGAAAUUUUUGAAAGUGC